AUGAAUUGCUCAGUGCGGUCGUAUUUUAUUAGUCUAAUAAUUUUAAUCAGUUUUCUAUUAACUAAUGGACAAUUUGAACCCGACCAACCAUGUUUUUGUAAAACAGCAGAAGCGGUUGAUAAUUGUAGUAUAGACGAAUUCAGCAAUCAUAAAGUUUACCCACUUUUACAGGAGUUGUUACGGAAAGAUUUUUUCCGGUUUUACAAAGUAAACAUGGAAAAGACGUGCCCAUUUUGGCCGGACGAUCGUCAGUGCGUUUCAAAGGAAUGUGGGAUUGGUUAUUGCGAUGACGAAGUGCCUUUAGAAUUGAAGAGGCCGGCGAGUAUUUCUGUGCAUCGUUUAGCACCAAAUCGAACUUUAGUAAUGUCUGGUAAUUCUCAGGAUAAAACCUGUCAAGAAUCUAGCAAUGCAUUUGACCCUUUGGAUACAACGCUUACUGAGGGACAUCGUGAGCAACUUCGUGAUAUGGAUUGGCAUGAUGAUAAUGAAAACAAGUUUUGUGCCUAUGAUGAUGAAAACCCUGAUGACAUGCACUAUGUCGACUUAUCUAGAAAUCCUGAAAGGUAUACUGGUUAUAAAGGAGAUAGCGCCCAGAGAGUAUGGCGAAGCAUAUACAGUGAAAACUGUUUCAAGCCUGACAUGAAGUUUGACAAAAAUUUCCUGGUACAUCCUAACACAGUUGGUCUUUGCUUUGAAAAGCGUGUCUUCUAUAGAUUGAUAUCAGGAUUGCAUUCUGCUAUAACAAUCUCAAUUGCUGCAAACAAUUUUAGCCCAGAUCCGACUGGAUUUGGUCCUGGGAAGUGGUUUAGAAACGUUGAGAUGUUUCGUGGUCGAUUUGGUACGACGUGGACAAAAGAUGGGCCAGAACGGUUGAAAAAUGUUUAUUUUGUAUAUCUCCUUGAACUUCGUGCACUAGUGAAGGCUACACCUUACUUGAGGAAUGAACUGUUUUAUACAGGAAACCCUAAGGAGGAUGUAGAAACACGGGCUGCUAUUGAUGAGUUAAUGGAUACUUUGAAACAAUUCCCCGAUCAAUUCGAUGAGACUGAGAUGUUUACAGGCAAUGAAGCGCAAGCUCGUGAGCUAAGAGAAGAAUUCCGCUCUCAUUUUCUAAAUGUUUCGAGGAUAAUGGACUGCGUUGGUUGUGAUAAAUGUCGCCUUUGGGGUAAACUACAGGCUCAUGGUAUAGGCACCGCUUUAAAAAUUCUUUUUGCUGAUUUACCGACGUCACAUUAUCGGAACGGCAAGACGCAUUUACAUCCUUCUUUUCAGUUGACAAGGAAUGAGGUGGUUUCAUUGUUCCAGAGCUUUGGUCGAUUUUCGUCUGCUAUCAAGGAGGUAGACGAAUUUAGGCGCCUGUUAUCUUGA